AAUAAUAAAGGUUAGUAUGAGCACGUGUGCGUAUAACAUCAACAUGUCAACCUACUCUAAACUUUGAAUUUUUCUGAUUGAAUCUCAACUUUAUUCUUUUGUAAUACAGUCGAAAAUCUAUUUAAGAACUAGCUUUUGCCCGCGACUUCGUUCGCGUGGAAUAGUGACUUCCGGCAAAUUUUUGGUUUUAACCACAUAGUUCCCGAUCUCGCGGGAUCUCUUCAAAAAUGAGAUGUGGAAGAUAUUCCAGGGAACUCUUCAAAAAUCACCAUAAUGAGCUCUGCGUUUGAAUUUAAUAGAUGUAUACUCACUUAGGGCAUUGAAAAAAUAGUUUAAAAACGGACUUAAACUAACUUAAAACUAAAGAAAGCUACGAAUUAAGAAUUUAUAACAAUUAAAAAAGAAACUAUAUUACAACCUAUCCUCUAUGCUAUAAUAAUCAAGCUUAAACUAAAUAAUUUAAAAGAAACGACUUAAAUCUAAUCUAAUUAAAAAAAAAUUAGACUUACAAUUUUAUUAAAAAAACUAACUACAGUAACUACUAAUAAUCGAUAUCAAACUAAACCUACGUUAAAUAGUUUAACCAAAAAACCAGGAAAACCCAACAAAUAAACUUAUUAAUUGACAAAUACAACGAAACCAAUUUAGAAUAUACGAAACAGCAGGACCACUACAGACAAAUAAUCAUACGACUGAUAAUACACUUUUUCUACGAUAGUACCGAAGCGCUCGGCCGAUACCCAACCAAAUGAAUGUAACGAAACCAUAGCGCGAUCUAUUUCGAUCCCAACGCCAUCUAUCGAGGAUAAAGACAACUUGGAUUAUUUAUUUAUACUCCGUUCGGGCAUUUUCUUUGUACUAAAAGUUUAAUUAUAUUGAUAUUAUUUUUUUCAUACCUUUUUACUAUUUAUUUACUUUUUUUCGAUGAAUUAAAACAAUAACAUGAACCGAAGUCGUGUAACGAUCGACAUAGAAUUAUCUAUACUCCGUUAGAGCAUUUUCUUUGUACUAAAUGUUUUAUUAUAUUGAUAUUAUUUUUUUCAUACCUUUUUACUAUUUAUUUACUUUUUUUCGAUGAAUUAAAACAAUAACAUGAACCGAAGUCGUGUAACGAUCGACAUAGAAUUAUUUAUAAAUAAUUUAUUUGUUAUUUUUAGUUUUUGAUUUUUGAAAUAAAAAUAUAUAUAUGUCCUUUCUAAGGUUCUAAACUAUAUCUGUACCAAAUUUCAACCAAAUCCGUCAAAUAGUUGCGGAGAUUAAUGGUAUAAGCAUAGAAUGUUCGACGUGAUUCUUUAAUUUGAUAUAACUUUUUUAUUUAUGAACCGAUUGACAUGAAACAAACACUAAAUGUAAAUUUAAGCAUCUCACAAUAUAUUCGUGAAAACCGCAUCCAACUCGGAUCAGCCGUUUCUGAGAUUAGCGCGCACAGACGAACAGACAAACAGACAAACAGACAAACAGACAAACAGACAAACAGACAAACAGACAAAAAAAAAGUUAAUUACAUUUUUGGGUUCGACAUCGACAUAACAAAAACCCCUGCUAUUUUUUUUUAUUUUUAUUUUCAAUGUACAGACAGCACUUUUCUACGAUUUUAUUAUAUGUAUAGAUUUGUGUAGGUUGAUGUGCUUCCGUCCAUACAUAACACUAUAAAAUAGACACUAAAUAAAUAUUAAAUUGUACAUCCUACAUACUUACCUGUUUAAGUUUUAAAGGGCCCCGCAAUUGUAAGAAUCUUAACACGGAUGCUAGCGGUUUUUCUUGUAUUUUAAAUUUUACUACAGUAAAGCUUUGCCAUGAUACAAAUGCUGUUCUUAAUAAAUUAUUCAUAGCACACAGCAUGAACAUACCUCAUUUUCUGCCAAGUGAAUGUUUUUGUAUACCUACCUACUAUAAGGAAAGGCAAGAAGUAUGCAGUGAUCACGAGGAUUUUUCCUGUUAUGAAUUUUUCUUUGAACAUUGCUUUUCUUGGGACCAAGUGGACAACGAUCUUGUCACUACGUGUGUAGUUGAAUGUAAUUUUUGAGGAAGAAUUGCUCAAAAGAAUGGGAAUAAGGAAUGAGGUAAAAAGUUUCUUUAAAAAAAGAGUGAUGCAAUAGUCAUGAGGAUUUUUGAGAUAGUGUAAUAUUCAGAGAAAUACUUUACAAUACAAAACGUACAAAUAAAAAAAAACUAUAAAACUACAGUCAAGUAUGAACGUAGUUCUAGUAACAUUUUGCCGGACACAACUGAAAAUAUAUAAUUUCUAAUACAAACUAGAAGACUUUUACCAAAUGUCAACCAAUUACAAGAUAUUUAUUAUAAGCUCUGUAGCUGAAGCUGAAAAAUUAAAUUUGUGUCUGAACACAAAUCUAAUUUUUGAGAGAAAUAUUUUCUCAAUCUUACUACCAACAGAGAUCAAAAAAGGGUUUUACACAAGGAAUAAUUAUUAUGUUAUUAUUCUCCUUUCCGUGAACUUUCAUAAUUAGGUACCUCUGUUAAUAAUUAUAUUUCAGUAAAAGUGUAAGUAGUUGGAUUACAACCGCAACUAAAAGUGAACUCUUAGUUGAGUAGACAUUGUCGACAUAAUAAAUCCUGUAGGGUUUGUUGCAAUUUCUUAUUCAAAAUACAAUACAAAUAGUAACGUGUCCAUUUGUUUUAAUCUGGGUCUCUCUUUUUAACCGACUUCAAAAAAAAGGAGGAGGUUCUCAAUUCGACCGUAUAUAUGCUUUUUUUUUUUUUUUUUUUAUGUUUGUUCGCGGAUAACUUUGUCGUUUAUGAACCGAUUUUGAUGAUUCUUUUUGUAUUUGGUAGGUCUUAUACCAGAGGUGGUCCCAUUAAAAUUUUAUCAAAAUUGGUUCAGCACUUUUUGAGAUAAUUAACAAAAACAAAUAUCAAUACAAACAUUUACUAUUUCUGUUCGCGAAUAACUGUGUCGUUUAUGAACUGAUUUGGAUGAUAAUUGUUGUAUUUCGUAGGUCUUACAUCAGACGUUGUUCCAUUAAAAUUUUAUCGAAAUUGGUUCAGCACUUUUUGAGAUAAUUAACAAAAAAAACUUUUUUUUUAUGUAUGUUAAUCGAUAUCUCCGGCAGUUAUAGACCGAUUUGAGAAAUUCUUUUUGUGUUUGAAAGAGUACGAUGUCAGUGUGGUCCCAUAUAAUUUUUUUAAAGUCUGACCAUAAAUGUAGAAGAUAAUCCAGGGAACUCCUCAAAAAUGAACAGAAUGUGCUCUGCGUUUGAGUUUAAGUGAUGUAUAUUAGCUUAUCUUUCUCAGUAGCCAUAAAAUUCAGGACAGAUAGUAGCAUAUCUGGUAUAGAAUGAUGGGUAGCUUGAUGCGCAAGGAGUCGUUGCAAGGAUCCGGCAAUUGGGACUCGAGGUGGCGCUCCACAAGUCCGAGGCCAUGUGCUUUCAUGGCCGCGGGAACGCGCCACCUCCGGGUGGGUCCCAAAUAACGGCAGGAGGGGUUACCAUCGGCGUCGAGACGACGAUGAAGUACCUAGGACUCGUCCUCGACAGUCGAUGGAACUUCGUGGAGCAUUUCCGACGUUUGGCUCCUAAGUUGGAACGGACGGGGGCUGCGCUUAAGCGGCUCCUGCCCAACCUCAGGGGGCCAAAUGCCUGCUGCCGGAGGUUGUACGCGGGGAUCGUGCGGUCCAUGGCCCUCUACGGAGCCCCUGUGUGGGCGCCAAACCUGAUGCGGCGACCAGCUCGGGCGCUGCUCACGUCCCAGAGGGUCAUGGCCAUUCGAGUGAUCCGCGGAUAUCGCACGAUCUCCGGAGAUGCGGCUAACCUCCUUGCCGGACUCCCGCCGUGGAAUUUGGAGGCGAAGGUGCUCGCGCGCGUCUUUAAUUUGCGCGCCGACGCGCGUCGCCGGGGCGAAACUCCACUGCCGCGCCAGAUUAGUGCGUGGCGGGAUGAGCUCCGACGCGAUCUCAUGGCGGAAUGGCAGCAGCGACUGUCGCAACCAAGGGCUGGGCUCGCUGUCAUUGCAGCGGUAAGUCCCCUCUUUGUGGAGUGGCUAGAGAGGCGCCACGGCGUCCUCACCUACCGCCUGACACAGGUGCUUACCGGACAUGGGAGUUUCGGUAGGUUCCUGUUUCUGAUUGGGCGGGAGGAAACGCCCGGGUGUCAUCAUUGCGAAGACAGCCCGGAGGAUACGGUGGAACAUACGCUUGCAGUCUGCCCUGUGUGGGCUGAGCACCGCCGUGUCCUCAGGGAUGUGGUCGGCGACGGCGCCCUCUCGCGCCCGGCACUGAUACAAGCCAUGGUGCGAAGCGCGGGGGACUGGGAUGCCGUCUCCUCCUUCUGCGAAGCAGUCAUGUUAGCUAAGGAGGAGGCGGGGUGCCUGAGGGAACGAACCUCACGCCUUAGCCGUCGGGAGAGACACUCCGGGCGUCGGGGAUCGCGCGAUGAUCUCCGGCCACCGUAAGUGCGGUUCGCCGCCCGACCAGAACCAGACCCGUGCGUGCGGCGCGUCGCGUUCCGCGCGCGCCUCAAAGAGCCAUCAGACCACCACAGAUGGGGCCCAAUAGGGCUGAUGCCUAAUCCGGAGCUGCGGACAACCUAGCGGGUUUACCGGGGCUCCGGCUCGAAAGGCAGGAGAAGGAACGGGGUGGUUUUUAGUCAGUAAGAGUCUGA